GAAGAGCUGAAUAAAACCUUGGACAAAAAAAAAACAGAGAGAGAAAUACCAAGGGCAUAAUGGUCAAGCGUGCCCUCAGCCCACAGCUCAGGCUGCUGUCGUCCUCCCACUCCCCAACCCGAAAGCUUCACCCGGACGCUUGCCCCUCCGUCAUUAACCAUCCCGACCUCCGAGACCGGGACCUCCCUUUCCGUCCUCUCGCCGCUCCAUUUUUACGGAAACGCCCCCCAACCACCGCCGCCGGCGAUGCCCUGGCCGUCGCCGCCGGCGUAUUCGCGGCGCCUCCUCCAGGCCGGCAGCGGCAGCGACAGCGCCGGUGCCAACCCCAACCGCAUCCCGGGCAUCCCGCCCGCCGACCCGCCCGCGGGCGUCAACUCCGAUGUCGUCGUCAUCCUCGCCGCCCUGCUCUGCGCGCUCAUCUGCGUCGUGGGCCUCGCCGCCGUCGCCCGCUGCGCCCGCUCCCGCCGCAACAGGGGCGCCGGGGCCGCCGGCGGCGGCCCGUCGUCCCCGACGAGCAACCCGGGCGACGCGGCGGGGCACUUCGACGGCGGCGGCGGGCACCAAGCGAGCGCGACCACGACGACCACGGCCACCACCAAGGGGCUGAAGAAGAAGGCGCUCAAGGCGCUGCCGAAGCUGGCGUACGCGGACGCGGUGGCGGCGGCCGCGGCGGCGCGGGGCGCGGCGCCGGCGGCGGAGGGGGAGGAGGAGGCGAAGGCGGAGGAGCUGCUAGCGGAGUGCGCCAUCUGCCUGACGGAGUUCGGCGAGCGGGAGGAGGUGCGCGUGAUGCCGCAGUGCGGGCACGGGUUCCACGUCGCGUGCGUCGACACCUGGCUGCGCUCCAACUCCUCCUGCCCGUCCUGCCGCCGCCCCAUCGUGCUCGACGACCCGGCCCCGCCCAAGCGGUGCCGCAAGUGCGAGGCCGUCGUCCUGGAGGCCGUCCUCGCCUCCUCCUCCUCCUCGUCCUCCGCCGCCGCCGCCGCCGCCGCCGCUGCUGGCACCGGCCGGGGCCGCGGCGGCGGCGGCCCCGGGGGAUUCUUGCCGUAGCAUCAGCAUUCUGCAGUAGUUGGCCGGUUGAUUGAUUGCUGACGAGCGGGCCCAUGGUCGGUCCGGUAGUUGAGCUGCCCCCAUCUCCCCGGGCCCACAUGCCAGUAGCGCAGCGAAGACCCCCCUCUAAAGCAAUGCAAAAAAAGAAAAAGAAGAAGAAUAACUAGAAAUGUGAUUCUUUUUGUACAACCUUUUGGUUUUGGAGUUCUCCGGCUGAAAUCUGUUGGCAACUUGCAAUUGCUUCAACUGUAAAUUGUGCAUACGUGUGAAUUGUGAGGGGCUAAAAAAAAUUAUAUUUGUAAUGUAAAUAGUUUGUACUCGUAGAACUGAAAGGCUGUUGGAGACCA